CUCCCUCAUGCUCUCGCUCAGCACCCUUCUGUUUGUGGGUUGACGCACAUGUAUAUGUUAGUUGAAAGCGAGCAGAAGAAACGCUCCAUAUCUCCAAAAGGCUGACAGCUCUAAGAAGAUUCCUUGAUCUUGGGAGCUGACAAACGCAGCCAUGAAGAGCUUGAAGUUCCUAGCAGCUGAGGGCUUCGUUCAAACCGGCCCAAACGCGUGUAAGAACCUUCACUGCUUGUCUUACAAUCUCUACCCAAUCCUCUUCAAAGCCAGCUAUCUGCGUGAGGAGGCCACAAUGCUGCACGACUUGAUCCAGACGUGGCCCCUGACAGAGGUCAACUUGCGCAAACUGUUGAGCAGAACAGUGGACUGUCCAGAUGAUCUCACGUCCCGAACCUGCCGGCUCUGUCUGGAGGCCAUUCUCACAGGCCUGAGGGACUAUGUGCUUCGAGAGCCAAGCACGUACGCAAAAACGUUACGUGUGGUGGAUCUAAACGGUCUGCAAGACAUAGAACACCAGGUCUGUCCCUGCAGACGGACUCUCGGCCGUUGGGCAAGAACUGAGCUGCUUACCCGCAUGUGCUACGAGACUAUGGUGUCCAUGCAGGCCGGCCAAGCAGCACCAUCAGCGUUUGACGUGGAGGUAGAUGUGCGCCUGGAUGCUUUUGUUACUGGACGGAACUAUGAGGUUGUUGCUCAGGCUCUGUUGCUGCGCAGACACUGCCCGUUAAAACUGAACUUCGUGGGUCUGCGCGUGGACUCGCUGAGCCUCAAGAAUCUCUUUUACCUUCUGAAGCUGGUGGAAUCACAUGGCCUGCAGAAGCUGGAAGUGGUGCACAAUGUGCAUCUGGAGGCCCCGCACAUUGAGGUACUGCUCUCCCAGCUGACGUUCCCACAGCUGCGCUCGCUCACGUUUCCUGCGCAGGCUUUGAAUGUGCACAGGUUGGUGCAGGAGGACGCGGGACUCAUGGGAGUUCUGGGUGAGCUGAUGAGCAAACUGACUGAACUGAGAGAACUCUAUCUGGGGUUCUCCACACUUACUGGACAUCUGAGGAAACUGCUAAGUCCACUGAACACUCCUCUGCAGUGUAUUGAAUUAGCCAACUGCAGUCUUAAUGGAGUGGACAUGGCCUACUUCGCCAACAGCCUGCACAGUGAGCACAUAGUGAAGCUGGACCUGAGCGGCCAUGAGGUCGCUGACCUCUUCCCUAACACCUUCCGGAAGCUUCUGCAUCGCUGUUGUGCCUCACUCACUAGUCUGGGUCUGGAGGAGUGUGGACUGGAUGAUGAUAAACUGGAUCUGCUUACCCAAGCACUGACACCCUGUCAUGGCCUACAGGAGUUGAAGAUCCUGGGUAACCCACUCAGCACGGCUGCUCUGCGCGGUCUCUUUAGCAUGCUGGCUCUGGGGUUUCCUGCAUUGAGAUAUGUGGAGUUACCUGUUCCUCGGGACUGUUAUCCUGAAGGUGUUACCUAUCCACUGGAUGAUAGAACGCUGAUAAAUUAUGACACAGAGAAGUUUCAACAAGCCAGGACUGAACUUGUUGGCAUCCUAGAGAGGGAGGGAAAAGGGCAUAUAGAUGUCUGCACACCAUUAUUUGGAGCCUUUGAUCCUGACAUCAACGAGACGAGCAAUGAAUUGGGGGUCUCCAUGCUGCACUCCUUCAACAGUGUCAUAGGAAACUUCAUCGACACGGUCAACAGUGUUACCCAACGGAGAGAGCAAAGAAUGAAGGAGUGAGAGUGCUGAAAAUCACUCUUGCCGUCCCAGGAAUGAAAUACAGUAGAAAUAUAUUGAAAUACAUUGUCACAGUAUUUGAUCAAAUAAAUGCAGCCUUGAGCAACUGAAAAUAAAAACCUUACAGAGUGCAAACUUGAGGAAAUUAAUAUUUACUGUAUAAAGCAUUUAAAACAAAUGCAUAACAUUUAACAACUUAUUAAUGCUUUUUUAGCACCAGCACAGGUAUCUCAUGUUCAUAAAACAUAUACUUAAAACAGCUUUUUUUUUUUUCUCCAGUUUUCCUACAUAAUUUUAAAAAGCUAAUGAAUUUAGUGAAUCCACAGCACAUAUGAAGGUUGGAAUAAAAAAACUAAAAGAUCAGUUGCUACAAAUAAUACAUAGGGACGUAAUAAUGUAUAUUAAGGUGCGCAAUAAAGAAUUCUAUAGGAGUUUACAGCUGUAAAUGCAUAAGAUUUAUUUGUGUGAUUGUACUUUUGUAAAUGUUGAAUAGUGAACACUGUUCCAGUUAUGAAAUGUUAAAAUCUUUUGCAAAGUCUUUGUAAAUUGCAUAUAUACAGUAACUGCACAUUGUGCAUUUGGUCUUUUUAAACUCUGUAUUUAAACAAAUAGCCUUAUCUUUGUAGUACACUGCAUCCCAUUAAAAGAUUCAUUGAAUACCAA